UUCAGUCGAUUUUCCGCACUCGAUUGUGCUCGACGGGCUCGCAAAGCCGCUUUUGUCGCACAUUUUAACAAUAAAUAGCCCCGCACAACGACUAUACUGAUAAAGCGCCGUCGAUAAGGAUUAUCUCAAGACAAAUUUAUUAUAAACGGCCUGUUAUUUUGCCUGCAUGGUCAAUUGCACCCCAAUUGAGUGUGCCCCAGCUGCAGCACAAAGCGCAGCUUGAAUUAUGGAAGUGUUCCGUUUAAAUGGUUAAUCAAGUGGCGAAAAGAAUUCCCAAAAAAAAAAAGAAAUAAAGUGGAAAAAUUACAAAGAAAAUUCUUUGGGGAAAAAGUGAAUGAGUGUGGUGGAAAAUGGUGAAGGAUUCAUGGGGAAAAUUCAGAAACACAGUUAAGCGAUGGUACGAUGGCACAAAUAAGCGCAAAGUAAUCUACGAUGUCUACACAAUCCCUUCGUGGACAGCCCCCAUCAUUCUAGCCGUUGUCCUGGCCAUCUUCGUCACCAUCCACUUCCUCUACUACGCCCUCCCCACCCCCCUCACGCUGGACGAUGAAUUCCUCCAUCCGGAUCGAUUUAUUGCCGAACGCGCGGAAAUGCACACGCGGAAUCUCACGGAUUUUGGGGUACGUGUUGGAGGAUCUCCUGAGAAUGACUACAGCACUGUAAAUCAUGUCUUUGAGGAGCUCGAGAGGAUUGCCAUGCGUGCCUCCUCGCCGGCACACAAAAUGGAAUUGGAGGUGCAGAAAGUCGAGGAGGGAGCUUUUGAUUUGCAAUUUGUUCCCUAUGGGAUGACCAACGUCUACCACGGUGUCCACAAUGUGAUCCUCCGCGUGACUCCUGCUGUUCAGAAUUCCGAAUACAGCGGACACUGCCUCCUGAUUAAUUCUCACUUUGACACAAUGCCCGAUACAGUGGGUGGAAGUGAUGCAGCAGCUAUGGUGGGCAUCAUGAUGGAGCUAAUCCGCAAGGUGACAAGCCGAGCUGAUGCCUAUCGGCACUGCAUAAUCUUCCUCUUUAAUGGAGCCGAAGAGAACUACAUGCUGGGUGCUCAUGCCUUCAUCACACGCCACCGGUGGGCAUCAUCUGUGAAGGCUUUUGUGAAUUUGGACGCCGCUGGAGCUGGUGGGCGUGAAAUUAUGUUUCAGGCUGGUCCUGGGCAUCCCUUCCUCGUGCGGCAUCUCCAGGUCUCAGCUCCACGCCCACGAGCUUCAGCAAUGGCUGAGGAACUCUUUCAGCGUGGUGCUGUUCCCUCAGAUUCGGAUUUUAGGAUUUUCCGGGAUUUCGGGAGGAUUCCCGGAAUGGAUUUUGCCUUCCACACCAAUGGAUAUGUCUACCACACGAAAUACGAUACGCCUGACAUUAUUCCCCGAGGAACUUAUCAGCACGUGGGAGAUAACAUCCUCGCCCUUAUGAUCUCCCUCCUGGACAGCUAUGAAUUGUACGAUGUAGAUAGUUUCCGUGAUGAUCCUGCAAUUUUCUUCGACUUCAUGGGAUGGUUCCUGGUUGUGUACUCAGGUCACGAUGGGGUCGUAAUGAAUUCCCUAUCAGUUGCCAUUGGGGUUCUCGUGAUAGCCUUCUGCCUCAAGGCGAUGUCCUUCAAAUCUGGGCUGUCAAUGGGAGAGAUUCUCACGGAAUUUGCCACAAGUGUUGCCAUCCUGACGGCUUCCAUUGGCAUUGGAGUGUCUCUUGCGCUCCUCCUGGCGGCAAUUCUCGAUGCAGCUGGGCGCAGUAUGUCUUGGUAUGCAGUUCCAUGGCUCCUCUUUGGCAUAUACUUCUGCCCAAUGCUCCUGGCCAUUGGAACGGGAACCACCAUCUACAUUCACUACUUCAAACGCGAUCUCCUCUCCAUCUCCCAUCGUGUUCAGCUGUUCCUGCACGCAAACUACCUCCUUCUCCUCCUGGCUCUCCUUGUGGUCACAGCAAUUGGAUUACGGUCGGCUUACAUCCUCCUUCCGGGAGUUCUCUUCUACACCGUGACAGCUUUUGUGAGUGGAAUCUUCUUCCACAAUCGCCGGAGAUCGUGGUUGAUUAUCCAUCUCCUUGGGCAGGUGCUCCCUGUGUUCUUCUACUGCGCACAGACACAUCUGGCCCUGCAGACACUCAUCCCACUUACAGGACGUGGAGGAGCUGCCAACAAUCCAGACAUUCUCAUGUCACUCAUCUGUGCAUUGAUGGCACUUCUCCUGGGUGGCUUCCUCGUUCCCCUUGUUGCUCUCUGUCGUCAUCCCCGAGCUGUGCUCAGUAUCUUCCUCUUUGGCAUGUUCAUCACAAUUGUGCUGAUUAUCACGCCCAUGGGAUUCCCUUUCCGGGAAGCAACGAUGCCACAGAGAUUCUGGAUUUUUCACACACAGAGAAGAUUCCAUGGAUUUGGCAAUACAACGUACUCCGAGGAUUCGGGAUACUUCCUCCUAUCUACGGAUCGUCAUAUGGCUGACACGAAAUCUUUUGUGCCUGAAUUAGCUCAAGCCCAGAGGAUUGGAAGUGAGUGCAAUGGGGAUCUUCUAUUCUGCGGUGUCCCCCUCCUUUCUUCGCGGAAACACACCCGAGCUCAGGAGAGUCUCUGGCUUCCUGGGCCACCACCACUGCUUCCCAAUCCCACAACUCUCACCCUCCUGGAUGAGGUAAUUGAACCCGGAGGGCGACGGAAGACGCUCACCUUUGAAAUUACCGGCCCCACGCAUAUGGGGAUCUUCCUAUCUCCUGGACAUGGCAUGGAGAUGAUUCAGUGGUCCCUAUUGGAUCAUGUACCCACAUCUGGACCACGUUGGCAUGAGCGAGAGACGUAUUUUGUCUUCCUCAGCUACGGCUUCAACUACUUCCGUCGCCUGGAGUUUAACGUGACCCUCCAGGCGACGGAGAUCUUCCGCGAAGGUGCCCAGAGUAUUGAUAUUGUCCUCACGACGCACUAUCUCUUCCACGAAGAACACAGAACGCCGGAAUUUGUGGAAUUCAUUGAGAAAUUCCCACCCUGGUGCUACGUCCAGGGAACAAUGAGCUCAUAUGAGAGUUUCAUCUUCUAAAAUUGCUCCACAUCAGCAGGUACUUCCUCCUGAAUAUUUGCUCCAGUGUUUAAGAAAAAAAAAAAGCUUUCUUGUAGAUAAUCCCCCAUUGUAAAAUAAGAAUCCUGUCCAGUUUAUUUUUAUUAAAUAAAAAAAAACUCUUAAUGUGAAAA